AUGGCUUCAGUGAAUCCGUCUGUGCAACAGAUUUCUCUGUCGCUGAGUCGCGAGUGCAAUGCCAUCGCAUCCGCCACAUCCGCGAGCAACAGUCGCCUUCUACGGGAUCUAGAAACAGUGCGCGACUACGUUGUCCCGGUGUUUGCGCCAGCUAAAGUACCAAUACCGCUCGACCAACGACUGUCACCUUUCAAUGUCUGCAUUACCAAGGAGUUUGCGCAUGACCUUGAAUCUCUGCAUCGCCUACUUGACAGAGCUCUGGUCGACAUUGUACAGCGAUGGUUUGCUGACAAACAAUCGGAUUUCCCGUCUCGCAUGCCUCUGGAAAAGCAUGAGGAAGAUUUGCUUCAGUGGAUUAGCACCCAGGAACAAUUGUCGUCUAACAUAGUGCCGAAAUUCAGCGAACGGUCAGGCAUGUGGCGAACGGAUUUCUUGAUUGAAGGGCAAACGGGUCAGGAAAAGACGAAAAUUUGUGAGAUUAAUGCCCGCAUUCCUUUCAACGGACUUUAUAUGUCAGGCUUGCAUCAGGAAGCCACAAAGCCUUUUGGAGCGGCAACUCGAGGUUUCGAUAUACCUACCGAUUUUCAGGUGCUACCCCCUCCCUUUCAUUUCACUUCUAUUUCUUCACCACAAUGGGCUGAAGCUGAGAUACUUUGUAACAUGCAGAACACAAAGGAGACGAUUAUGAACUGCUUCAACCGGAGCAAGCCGCUUUACCAUAUCCACAAGAAGUGGCCGGGAGUUGACUCUCGUCUGUUUGCCUUGACUUACAAAGAAGCAACCGGCAAGGACGUGGUAGACAUUCAGCCAUCCCAGCUGCAGGUGGAACAAGACAGCAGUUCCCCUACGGGUUGGACCUUGUAUGCAAAGCUCCAAAACGCCGAUGGAGAGAGUCGGGCCAAAAUAGAUCAGUGCGCAGUGGAGCUUUUCCAGGAAGAAAUCGGCGAGAUUGAUCCCUUGGUCUUGAAACAGUUGGCAUCAUGCAGUGUUAAUGACUUCCGUACUAUCUUAUUAUUACACGACAAGAGAAUUCUAGGCGUUGUCCAGCAAGAGAUACCCAACUUAAUAGACCGAAAUGUGCUUUCGGCAGUGGAGGGAAUGGCUCUUCGCAACGGUAUAGCCGAAACCGUAAUACCGGGAUCGAGUGAGGCUAGGCGGUUACUUGAAGACGCUAAGCAAGACCCCCUAGCCAAAAAUCAGUAUAUUAUUAAACCGGUACGCGAUGCAUCUUGUAACGGCAUACGGUUCGGUGAGCAGAUGGAUCAGGAUGACUGGCUGUCGUUCUUAGAGCGGAUGGCGAGCCGAGCCCUUUAUCCGGCUAGUGAUGAUGAUGCAUGUGUCAUCCAAAGACUAGUUGAUCAUGCAAGGUACGACAUAGUGCGCCAUGAUGUGGACGUCGCCAAGACAGAGCAGUUCCAUCUGAUCGGCUCUUGUCAUAUGAUUAACUCGCAGACGUUCGUCUUUGGGCCCUGGAGGAUCGGCGACAAGGUGCAUGUUGGCCUAGCCCCGGGGGCCGGGGGUAUCGUGAUGAGCUGCGUCUUACGGCCAGCUGAUCUGAAUAAUCUGGAUGGCAGGAAGGAGGAAUGA